AUGGCAUCGGUGGGGAGAGACACUACCAGGCGGCUACCGGAAGUGCCCGCCUUUACGGCACUGUCUGAGGUGGCAUCGGUUGGGAGUAAUGGAUGCAUUCUGUUCGCGACGGACGAUUGGUUCGCACCGGCCGACUGGAUGCUGAAGGACGGCGAACCGGUAUUCGAGCCGGACGCGUACACGCCGUACGGUAAGCUGAUGGAUGGCUGGGAAACGCGCCGCAAACGCAUCCCCGGACACGACUGGUGCUUGCUGGAGCUCGGUGCACCGACGCAGAUCGCCGGUUUCGCGAUCGAUACGGCAUUCUUCACCGGUAAUUAUGCACCCCGCGUGUCCAUCCAGGGUGGAACGCUGGAUGGGACGACGAAGCAGAUGCUGCAGACCUCGCUAGAGCGCGUGCCCGUGAGUGACCGGUGCGAGGAUGGAAUGAUCGGACGUGGCUGCACGCCGGAGCAGCUUGGCAUGGUGAACCUCAUCGGAACGGAUCGGUGGGACGAGCUGUUGCCCCGGGUGGAGCUAGCGCCCGGGUACGAAGCGACCCGACGACAAUAUUUCGCCCUUCCCGCUCGCAAACGGCUGCUGGUUGUACGCCACCUGCGCGUGAAUAUGUUUCCGGAUGGAGGAAUAGCGCGACUCCGCGUGUACGGCACGGUUCAGCUGGAUCCGGCACUACUGACGGCGAAAAAGUCCAUCGAUCUGAUCGCAAUGCUAAACGGUGGCCGGUGUACCGGUUACUCCAACGCACACUACGGCCAUCCGGCAAAUCUGAUCAAACCCACCGAGGGGUGCAAUAUGGGGGAUGGAUGGGAAACGGCCCGCCGGCUCGAUCGGCCACCCGUUUUGCGUGCCGAUGCGAAUGGAAUACUGUUGGUUCCUGGUUGCGAGUGGGCCACGUUUCAGCUGGGCGCACCACCCGAUCGUGGAUGCUGGAUCGAGCGGGUGUGCAUUGAUACGAAGCAUUUUAAGGGCAACUACCCGGACAGUGUCCGGUUGGAGUACGGUGCGGUUGGAGACAUCGAUGGUGGUGAUGAUGUGCACUGGUUGCCAUUGAUGGAAAGCCGUAAACUUGGACCGAAUCAGAUGCACGAGUUUUUGGAGGGAAAGGAUUUGUUACCCCAAAAGAAGGCUGCCACGAGGGUACGCAUUACCAUCGCACCGGAUGGAGGUAUAUCACGGGUUAGACUCUUCGGAUCGUUGGCAUAA